UCGAACCGGCAAAAAACUUAUUUAUAUGAUUUUUAUCAAUCAGUGUUGUAGAGAAACAAACCAACCCGAAUUCCCGCCGCUUGGAAAUCUUUAUCUGACUGGUACAAAAUCAAACCGCAAUUUGCUACUGCAAAAUCCACACCUGCUUCAAUCGUUUCUUCACAAGGAAAAAAAAAACUAUGAUUUGAACUCAGAAGUGUUAUGAUGUACAAUCCUUGCACAAGAAUCAAUAUCAAGAUUUUCAAUCGAAAUGCCGCACUGGAAUCACUCAAUCUCACUCAUAAGCAAGAACUGGACCGUAGCAUCUCGAUUCCUAACAAGAACAUCAUCACGCCCGCAAGGUUUUCGAUCAAAUGCCGCACUGGAAUCACUAACCAAAGCCCGCGAAGAACGCACACAAAACAUUGUCCUCUACAAUUACCCUUCGUUUUCCGGAGCUUUCUCGGCUCUAUUUGCUCACCUCUUUCACCGUCACCUCAAUCUCCCAUGCCUCAUUUUGCCUUUCUCGUCCGUCGAACCUUUCAGGGUUGAAGAUUUGUGUAUCGAUGGACUGAAGAAAUCUUAUUUUCUUGAUUUCAUUGGCCCCAAAGGGUUUGCAGUUGAGCUUUCACGAAGAACAUCAUGCCAGGUGAUAGGAUUCGAUCACCGGAAAACCACACUGUCGGAUAUCCAUCUAUAUCAAGAUGGUAACAACAGUCUCUCACUUCAAGUCAAUUUGGAGAAGAACAGUUCUUCUGCUGCAUACAACUAUUUUUGUGACAAGUUAUCAGAAAUGAAGCGUGAUAACGGGCCUGCAAGUCUGUUGAACACCGAAGAUCAAGAAAGAGUGGAAACGGUUCUUAAGUACAUUGAGGACGGAGACCUUAGGCUAUGGACCCUACCCGAUAUCAAAGAAUUUAAUAUCGGUUUAUCUAAUUGGCGUUCAAAGUUGAAUUGCGUCACAAAUCCACACUUGUUUGAACAGUUGAUGAAGAUUAGUGUUACGAAUUUGGUUGCACGUGGAAGUGCUUACGUGGCGAGCCAGCAGAGUUUAGCAACUAAGCUUCUUGAAAAGGUGUUUAAAGUUAGAUUGGGCAGAGGAUUAUACGGGGAGUGUCUGGGGGUUAGGAUCGACGGGAAUUCGAAUUUAAGUGAUGUUAUUGGCAAAGAACUCAGCAUGAAGAGUGAAGCAGCUGGUUUGAGGCCUAUCGGAGCCGUUAUCUACAUGCAAGGGAAAAAUCUCAAAAUGUGCUUAAGGAGUACGGAUAAGCAUGGUACUGAUACAUCUGCAAUUGCAAAGGUUUAUGGUGGAGGAGGCACCCCUUGGUCAAGCUCAUUUAUAAUUAGAAUGGAUGAGUACAAUCAGUGGAUUUCAGGCCGAGAAAGAAUCCUUAACGCUAUGGACCUUGCCUGAUAUCAAAGAAUUCAAUAUCGGUUUUAUCUGUCACACUUGUCGUAUUUGUAAACAGUUGUGUCACGAAUUUGGUUGCGCAUGGAAGUGCUUACAUGGCUAAAAGUUGCUUGAAAACAUUGGCUGGGCAGAGGAUUGUAGGGGUAUGUUAUUCGACAUUCUUAAUGACAUAGAGUGAAAGCACUAAUAUAAAAGAUAUAAUAUUUAGUGAAAA